AUCUCUGACGGGACCACCCAGUGUUUGGUUGAGCCUUUUAUUUCUUUGAGCCAUGCCGCUUUGCACCGAGCCCCACAGCAACCGUUUUUGCCCUUUCACGGCCAGGCAGAGGAAGUGAGAGAAGUGGGGAAGUUGUUAGGGGAUGUAGAGUUCAAGUCAAAUUUGGGUUACUCGGAGGGAAGAGUCGGUGGAGGCCGGGGGCAUGGACACCCACGUUAAGGAGGGACAACUUUAUGUGCAGCAUCAAAAGUUUGGCAAGAAAUGGAAGAAGAAUUGGUUUGUCCUCUACCCGGCCAGCCAAAAUGGCAUCGCACGCCUCGAAUUCUUCGAGUCGUCCGGGUCGGGAGGUGUGGGCGGCGGCUCGGGCGGGAAUUCAAAUGAAAAGACCAGAAAGCUGGACAAGAAGAUUAUCCGCUUAUCCGAGUGCAUCUCCAUCCUGCCGGCGCUGACUGAGAACUGUCCCAAAGACAACAUGGCAGCCUUCUGUGUGGAGACCAACGACAAGACCCACGUGUUCGCCGCUGAGAAGAAUGCCGCCAAGGAGUGGAUGAAUACCAUGUGUGACAUUGCAUUUCAGGGUGGAAGCGGUGGCAACGGGGAUUCUGACGUGGAAUCCCAAGACCUGAAGAUGUCUGAGAACCUUAUCUAUUACUCCAGAGAACAGGUGAACGAGUUCUGGGUGAGCGUUCAGCGAACGGAGGCUUCGGACCGCUGCAGGCUGUCGGGCAACUACUGGCUGAAAGCCGAAAGCAACGUCCUGAUCUUAAAAGAGCCCAAAACAAAGAGGAAUGUCUUUGUCUGGCCGUACAAGCUGCUGAGGAGAUACGGACGAGACCGGGUGAUGUUUUCCAUCGAGUCUGGCCGCCGCUGUGACUCAGGCCCCGGUAACUUCACCUUUGACACCAAGCAAGGUAACGAGAUCUUCACCCUCGUGGAUCAAGCCAUCAAGUCCCAGAAGGCCCUGGCUGAGGAGCGUCCCCUCAGCUGCCCCGGCUACUUUGACCCCGAGUGCCCGCCAUCGCUGCAGCACAUCCGCAACGCUGGCGCCGCGGCACCCGCAAGCGGAGACAGCAGCAGCUGCAGCAGCUGGGAGGCUGACGGCGAUUCGGGUGGCAGCAAACCAGGUUCUGCAGAUGGCGUGCUCGGGAAAAGAGAGGGAGGAGAUGGAGGAGGAGGGGCAAGAGGGCCAGCAAGCGCCGGUGCCGAGAGACAAAAGGGGAGGAGUUUACCAGAACUGCCUGCCAUAGCGGGGGGCGCGAGUGGAGGUAACACACCUCCGCGGUCCCCAAGAGGCCAGGGAGCGGCAAAGUGUCCUUCCUCGGCUGACAAACAAGCUGCUCUUUACUCGGAGCCAGCGGAUGCCGUCCGUCUGCCUCCGCACACGGCUGAUGGCCUCUACUCUGACCCGGUGGACAGCAUUACAUCCGCGCCGCUAGCGCAAGUCCCUCGCCUGCGUCCGGUGGGUGACGAGUCCUCUGGAGGCGGGGCCCAAACAGAGCAUCACCACGGGAGCGGUACCCACAGGACCGCCCAGGACCUAUAUUCACAUGUGUAUGACCACAUCAGCGUGGAGCUGAGCCAUAAGACCGAUGCGAUGAGUCUGAAUGGGGCCGGGAAUGCAGGAGGGGGCGGGCGAUGCGCAGGCAGAGGGAUGAACAGUAACAAGAGAACCCCCGGGGUUCGAACAGAGGGAGCUCUAUCGCCCCCUGUUCUGACUCUGGAGCAUAUUUACGACGAACCGGAAGGUUGCGCCAAAGGAUUUUUGAACUCGAGCAACACCAUGGGGAUGACUAUUUACAACGAAGCCCGUUUGGAGCCUUACAGCCAAAAGAGGCGAGACGAAGUGGCUACCCUGACAGGACCGGAGGUAACUUACAGCACCCCCACCCACGGGAAGUCUUCUUUAGAGUCCCACAAACAUUCGCCCCCGAACCGCGGAGGUCAACACCCGCCGGCUCCUCGAUGGCCCAAACCCGUCACCGCUCCCAAACCCGUCCGGGGCAAUUUUGCCCGCAGGGAGCCCGUUCCGUUGCCUCCCGGGAAACAUAGCGAGCCUGAUCAUAAUGUGAACAACAACAACAACAGUCGGGGCAGGGAGGACGGAGGUGAAAAGGAGCUGUACAGCCAAGUCACAAAACCUUCGAAAUUGUGGUCAAAUCACUCCAAAGCGACGCCACUGAGCUCACCUGAUAUUAUCUAUGAUAACUUGGGAAAUGUUUGACAGGCGCCUUCACUUGGCUGCAAGUGAUUGCAUUUUUUUAUUUUUAUUUUUGAGGCACAUCUUUCUUUUCUGUUAAUCUGCGGUCGUGUCCAUCUUAAGUGAGAGCGAGGGCUAAAGAAGUGAUGAAAGUGUUUGGACGGUCUCAUUCCACAAGUGGCGAAGCGAGCUGUGGUGUGGUUGCAGAUGCGUGACCACACUUCUGUGUUUUGAUUACGUGGGACAACGAGAUUUUCCUUCACGUGUUGACUGCGCCGAUUCAUCACCUUCAAUGCCACCAAUCCGCAGAGACUUGGAAAGGUUCGAGUCCAAGGCACUAAAACAGGAGGUGCUUUAUUUUUAGACUCCAUAUGGUGGAAAAAUCUUCGCAGGAAUCAGGCAAUGUGAACUCAAGCCCUCAUUUGGAUCAAGGAAAUAGACACGGGGUGGGGGGGUAAUGUGGCUGUUCAACUGCAGGGGGAAGUUGUUCCAUGUUUUUCCACUCGUGUGUUAUUGCCUCUACAAGAGAGACUUUGCAAUUACCUGCAACAUAUGUGUACAUGUCAGAAAACAGCUGCGCUGUCUGUAAAUACGACAACAACAAUAAAAAAAAAAAGUCUUGAAGAGAUUCCUCCA